CUAUUCCAAAAAUCAAAAAAAAAAAAAAAAAAAGGUUUAAAUCCCAUUCGGUGCACUGGAACUGGAACGUGUGCGGCGAUGCUUGGCGGAGUCCUGGCUUGAGCCGCUGGUGUUUCUGCUGAGGCGGCCGCUGAGGAGGCCGACGAGCCUGUCUGCUUCUGGUAUUGACACUGGCCCGGUAAGGAAUGGGCCGAGAGGACACGUUAUAACCUCUCUCCCUCUGCAUCCUGGCCGAGCUUGAGAAGUCAGGGGAAUUUUUUUUUUUUAAUAGGAACAAUAUCAAAGAGGUCUUCUGCGUCAUCUCCCAGAUCCGUGAUCUCUUUCAUAAGUGACUUUCUUGUUCACAGAGAUUUGCAGCCCUUUGAAGUGCCUGGGAGUAAAUAAAGGCGCAUAAUUUACAAACACGGCUGAAGCCAGAAAUACCUUUCUGUGUCUGUGCUCUCUGUUUAUCAUUCAGGUUUCCGAAACCGGAGGGAGAAUUUCCCUGGCAUCAGUGACCUACUGAGACAACUUUCACGCUCAGAAUGGAGCUGGUGAGCAGGCCAGACCCCCACCUCCGAGAGGUCGUGUGGUUUGCGGCGUGCUGCAGAGCCCUGACGCUUCUCCUGCAGGCUCUGUUUAACCUCCUGAUCCCAGAUCACGCUGCAGACGCCUUCCAUCCCCCUCGCCUGUCCGAGCCUGGCCUGUGGGACCUGCUCUUGGAGCGGCUGCUGGGAGGCCUCUCGCACUGGGAUGCAGAGCACUUCCUCUUCAUCGCCGAGCGCGGUUACCUGUACGAGCACAACUGCGCCUUCUUCCCGCUGUACCCCCUGAGCGUCCGUGCCGUGGCCGAGGGUGCUCUCUGGCCCUUGCAGCGGCUGCUGCGUUUGCGGAGCCGCCUCCUGCUAUCAGCUGUGCUUCUUAAUUCUCUCUUUUCUGUCCUGGCAGCCGCUGCCCUGUAUAAGCUGGGCUGCGUCGUGCUGCAGUGUCGCAGGGUGGCUUUCCUUGCUGCCGUUCUCUUUUCCGUCAGCCCUGCCAACGUAUUUAUGGCAGCUGCUUACUCAGAGAGCAUGUUUGCCUUCCUGGCAUUCAGUGCCAUGUGGCAACUGGAGAAGGGGCAGAGCUGGCUCAGCGGACUGCUCUUCUCCCUUGCUUCUGGGGUGCGUGCCAACGGGCUUAUUAAUGCUGGCUUCUUUCUCUACUCCCGCGGUAAAUGCUUCGCCCUCCAGCUCCAGUAUUAUGCCUACGUGAGGUUCUGUGGUCCUGGCACCGGCCUGGAGCAGGCUGUUCCCAAGCCGCUGCUGCAGCUGGCUCUGGAUAAGGGCUAUCGUCUGGCGGCCAUGGACGGGGUUAAACCCCCGUGGUGCUCCCAGCGAUUCCCCGUUGUCUAUUCCUAUAUUCAAGACGCUUACUGGAACGUGGGCUUUCUGAGGUAUUUUGAGCUCAGGCAGAUACCAAAUUUCUUGCUUGCUUUGCCUGUCACACUCCUGGGCUCGUGGGCUGCCUGGACCUACAUCAUCGCAAACCCCCGGCACUGCGUAACUCUUGGUCUAGAGAGAAGAAAGAGCGAAGAAGAGGGUAAACCAAGAGCUGGAUUUUGCUGCCCGGCUGUCUUCGUGUACGUGGUCCAUGCCACAGUCCUGCUGGCGUUUGGAUUCUUCUGCAUGCACGUGCAGGUGCUGACCCGGUUCCUUGGCUCCUCCUCUCCCGUCCUGUACUGGUUCUCCGCUCACCUGCUUCAAGAACACGAACCUUUACUCUGGAGCGAAGGGACUGAUAAUCAAACCGCAGCACCUCGCUCCGAGAAGUCUCUUUUAGGUAAAUCUCCCGGUUCCUGUGGGAAAGGGACUUCUGAAAACCCCAUCGUGAGGCUGCUGCUGAACCGUAGAUUCAUUACCCCCCUCGGCAAAUGCGUUCUUGGAUUCUUCUUGUCCUACUGGCUGCUGGGACUGAUUCUGCACUGCAACUUCUUGCCGUGGACGUAGCGAGGGGGUGUGUUGGUACAGACUGGUUGCGGGGCACUGCACUGACCAGAAUUGAAACUCGCUUUUUCUAAAAAGCCUGGGCGUACGUAAUGAAGCUGUUGUC